AUGCAUCCAAAAAAGCAGCGCGGACCACCAAAAACUAUUCCAUCAGUAGAUUAUAGAAUCGAAUCCGAACUUCAUGAACGAAAUUUAAACGCAGAACUUGAGAGAAAACGCAUCGAGCAAGAAAAGGCAGAAGCCAUUGCAAGGGAAGAAGCCAAGAAGCUGGCAGAGAUUAAGGAAGACUGCAAGCAAGUUAAUGACGAUAGAAAUGAAGUUAUCAACGAUAUCACUCGUGAAUUUAAAGUACAACAGAAUGAUUUCCAUAAGAAAAUAGCAGAGCUUACAGCAGAAGCAGAACGAUUAGAAGGAUUACUUUCUGAAACGAAGAUGCAAAUUCGUCAUACUCAGGAAGAUUUUGAUAGGCAAAGAGCUCAGAAGGAUGAAAUCAUCCAAAAGAAUAUCAUUAAGUCAGAACAAAUGGCUCAGGAGUUCCGUGAUAUGCUUAAGGGCACACUCGUUAAGAUGAGUGAUCGUAUUGAAAUGUCACGUGAGUCUGAAGAAAACCAACCAUUGUCUGAAUCAACUACAACUUCUACAGAACAAAUUAUUGAGCAAAAAUAA